AUGGUGAGAAUGUAUGAUGGGGUGAAGAUGGAUGAUAUUGAUGGCAAAACGUUAAUGAGGAUAUCGAGUAAUGCUACUAUGUCCGCCAUCGUGACUGUGUUGACAUGUGUAAUGAGAAAACGCAAAUAUUAUUUGUGUGAUGUGGGGUACACAACCAUGCCUGACUUCAUCUCCCCUUAUCGUGGUGUACGUUACCAUUUAAAUGAGCACAAGGGUAGGCUAAUAAAUAACAAAAGAGAGUUAUUCAAUCUCAUACAUUCAUCGCUAAGGUCUAAAAUUGAAUCAACCUUUGGAUUGUUGAAGAAUCGUUUCAAACUUCUCACUGCAAAGCCACAUUAUCCUUUUCCAACCCAAGUUGAUGUGGUUUUGGCUUGUACUAUACUUCAUAACUAUAUUACUAUAGUCGAUCCGGGCGAUGACUUAUUGAAUGAGGACAUUACUAUUGACGAUGAUGAUGGAGAAAUAGCUAAUGAGGGUGAAGAUGACAAUGUUGUCGACUUUACUCAAAAUAUUAUACAAAGAGAAGAAAGAGAUUCAAGGAAUGAAUGA